GAAUAUUUUGGAUGGAUCGAACUGAUUCCAGGACUUCAACCAACUCAUAUUGCAAGCUAAUCAGACGGACCGAGAGAUGGAGCAAGGAUUCUCAUCAGAGAGAUACUUCCAAACGCAGUCCCCACCCAGCCACCUCGAGGAAAUCGUCAGUCGGGUCAGGAGCUUCGUCACCUUCCAUGCCAGCCACCAUCCUAAUCGAAGGAUAGUCUUGAUCACCAGCGGUGGAACGACUGUCCCACUAGAACAUAACGUUGUCAGGUUCCUGGAUAACUUCUCAGCUGGCACUCGAGGUUCAGCUUCGGCUGAGGCAUUCCUACGGACCAACCAAUAUGCCGUCAUCUUCCUCCAUCGGUCCCAUUCGCUCGAACCCUUCAGCCGACACUACCCGCACUCAACCAACCCAUUCCUAGACCUACUAGCCAUCCAAGAACCCUCGUCCGACUCGGCCUCUGAAAACCAAUCUCCUCCAAGCCAGCAACCGCUCUUCCCGAUCCUCUCACCACAUCUAGUCAAUCAUCAUCAGCAUCCUGCAGUCUCGACCGAGAACCCUGCUCAUCUCGACCAUCACACGAUCUCUAUCCCCGCUCAGCAUCGACCGGCAAUGCUCUCGAUCCUGCAGGCUCAUCAUCUCGUCCAUCAGCUCAACUUACUCCAUACGAUCUCCUUCGUGAGCGUGAACGAAUACCUCUACAUACUCAGAGCAGUGGCCAAAGUCUUGGGUGAACCUUCGUUGGGUUUGGGAAGAAGGGCGAUGCUCUAUCUUGCCGCUGCUGUCUCUGAUUUCUUUAUCCCUCAACAAAAAUUGUCUGAACAUAAGAUCCAAAGCGGCAAAGGCUCGUUGGUGAUCGAGAUGGAUGCAGUGCCCAAAGUACUGAAAGACGUCACCAACGAAUGGUCCAACCAAGCCUUCAUAGUCUCAUUUAAAUUAGAAACCGAUUCGAAUCUGUUGAUUCCGAAAGCAAAAGCGGCCCUGACGAGGUACGGCCAUCAUCUGGUGAUCGCUAACGAGCUUCAUACUCGCAAGACCUCGGUCUUGAUGAUCGAUCGAGAAGGCACCAUCGAGCCGAUCAAGAACGACGACCCUCUCGGCCAUGAAAUCGAGGAACUGAUGGUCCUUCGUCUUGUUCAUCGUCAUCUGGAUUGGAUUCAAGCUUCGUCUACUCCUACAUCUUAAUCCUUACCGCAUCAGCACUCCAACCACACUACAUAGAGCACAUCUCUUUCCCUCUUCAUGCUCUCUCUCGUUUCCUAUCAAGCUCUAAUCGAUUUCUCAUUUGAUCUGUUUAUUUUAUUUUAUUUUUUUACGUUCUUCAAUAUGUUUAAGUGAUCAAAUGAAUAGCUUGAUGGGAUUUUGUUUGAUGAAUGCAAUCACGAGAUUCUCUGAGACUCAUUCUAUUCCUCGCCUCGACUAUGUAUGAAUAUAUGAAGAGAGUUUCGGUCAGAUUCAUGUUGACUGAGAAACAACGUACAUAGUUCUGAUCCCAUCUAUGUAUGUACAGGCCCAGCAGACGGGGGAUGGUUCUGCUAGGUCAACCCACCGGUCGUUCGAAGCAGCUGAUCCUUCAUUCAAGCAUAUCCAGGUAACUUAAUGAUCACUCGCUUUGCAAUUUUAAGAGCGGGUGUGCUUGCUCGUUCAGUCUCUCGUUAAUAUAUGUGACUGACCAUCUGCCAGUAAUCGGUGUUUUUU